CCGCCCUCCCUCCCCCCGUCCCCUCCCACCGAGGCUCCCCAUGGACCGGAGGAUCAACUUGAGCGGCGACAUCUUCCACAAAACUCUGAGCGCCGUGUCCGGCGGCAAGAAGAUGCUGCAGGACUCGUACCGGGCCGGCGCGGACGAGCGCCAGUCGUCGUCCGGCAUCGGUUGCUUCGAGCAGGGCGACGCGGACCCCAUCCCGCCGGGAGGACUGCGAGCGGCGGCGCUGGGUCUGCCCACCGGCUCGCUGUGCGUCAAGUACGGCGAGCACGCGGCGGCCGAGAGCAGCGGCGGGGAGCAGAGCCUCGACGACGACAGCGACGGCCGCUCGUGCAGCGACGUGCUGCUGCUGGCCGACCGCAAAGGCAAAGCGGAGGGCGGCAAGAAGAGCAAAGAGCAGAAGACGCUGCGGCUCAACAUCAACGCCCGCGAGCGGCGGCGCAUGCACGACCUGAACGACGCGCUGGACGAGCUGCGCGGCGUCAUCCCGUACGCGCACAGCCCGUCCGUGCGUAAACUCUCCAAGAUCGCCACGCUGCUGCUGGCCAAGAACUACAUCCUCAUGCAGGCGCAGGCGCUGGAGGAGAUGCGCCGGCUGGUGGCCUACCUCAACCAGGGCCAGGCCAUCUCGGCCGCGGCCAUCCCGGGCACCACCGCGCUGGCCGGGCCGCCCCCCGGCUUGGGCGCCUACGAGCCGCCGCCGCCGCCGCCCGGCUACCCCUCCUUCCCCUCCUCCGCCGCCGCCGCCGCCGCCGCCGCCGCCGCCGCCGCCGCGUCGUCCUGCCCCGACAAGUGCGCGCUGUUCGGCGCGGCCGCAUCCAGCCUGCAGUGCAAGCAGUGCACUGACAAGCCUUAACCCAGCACGGCCAAGCGUCGAGACUCCGGACACACACUUUUCUAAUAUUUACAUUCAAUACUUGAUUGUGUACAGAAAGUCGUCCUUUAAGUGCUGGUGUGAAUGACUCUUGGACUUCUCUUGCUGGAGAUUUUGGCUUUUUUUUUUGUUUUUUUUUUGUGGGAGGGGACCGGACAACUUUUUACUCCACUUUUGAGAGGGAUCGAACCUCUCUGCUGCUUCCUUUCCCCCCCCCCCCCCCCCCCCCCCAAAUUUUUGUUCUCUCUUUGCGGAAUGUCACAAUUAAGUCUGCAUUAUAAUUUUUAUGUUGCAGGGGCACUGUGAGAUAUUUAAGGCAAUUGCUGAAACCACAAUUCCAUGUGUCUUUUUAUACCUAUAUAUAACUUAUUCAUUUUCUUCAUAUUGUCCAUUGCACAUGCUGGUCUUUUUUUUUUUUUUUUUUUUUUAAUAUAUUUUACUAGAUUAGAUGCUUGUCAGGUCGAACUGUGUAGAUAUACUCGAGUUAUUCUAUGAGCAGAAGGCCCGUUUGUAUGUAUUUGAGUGUUGAAAAAAAAAGCUUUAUUAAAAUAUUUUGAACAACAUACAUAAACAUGCUCAUUCCUUGCCUUUAAAAAAAUGUUAAUGUCA